UUGAUAUAUUGGAAACGGAAUCUCCUUCUCUGUGCGUUGAUGACACAACCAACGAAUUGCCAACCGAGUUGGAUCGUCCUCAGAGCCCCCUCUUAGAAGUUGACGCACAACUGGAAGAAAAGUCGACCGAAUCUGAUAUGUCUGAGAGUGAAUGUGACACUCCCAACGAAGUAGCUGAGACGGAGAUAACCAGGAUCGUGGAAA